GAUUUGCCAGAGACCAGCUGCAAUCGAUUUACAUUUUUUCGUUUUUCAAAUUUCGUAGACUUUCAUUUUGUUGUUAAAUUUACGUAAAUAUUUGUCGUUUUUGCUUACAUUAAACUGUUUAAAGUGCACACGAAGUUAAAUAUGCAAUAUUCAUGGGCGGCGAGUUAGGGAGGACAAAAGGAGCGGGCAUUGCCCGUCCCGGCCCCUCCAGCAGCGGGCCUGAAUUCCGAAUUCCCCGUGCCGAUAGCCCUAUCGGCUUCAAAUGGUCGCGUCAGAGGAAGAAGAGAAUAAGGAGGAGUAGCAGCAAGAGAAGCAGGCUGCAAGCAGGAUACGAUGGCGAUAUGUCGUUGUCGUUCCCACGGCGUGGUCCCCUCCACCGGAAGUGCUCGCCCCGCGGCUGCUGGAAUCCGACCGAGGCCCCCCACGCCGCCCCCCGCCGGUCCACGGCCGUCAUUUUUAAUGCGUGAAGCUGAAGAUCUGUUUUUUGCACCGUUUCCGGUUCUUUUACCAAUUAGUUGUCUGUCCUACUUGAGUUAUCGCGUCUCAGUAUCUGAAGCGCACAGCCGUCCUUGCCUUAUCGCCGCUUAUCGCGUAAAGGUUUAUUUCAACGGAUGUUAGUAAGAAACGUUUUAAUACUUUGUUGAUAACGAAUGCGUUAAAUCCUUUAAUCACCGGAGAUUGCAUGGUGGAGGAAUUAAUGCAGGUUUUCGAUGAGUCAGCUUCAAAAGAGGAUGCACCGUGAAUAAACCGGAAGUUGGUUUAUAUAGACGUCGCCCUACAGCGGAAGUUGAACUGUCAAAGACUGAAAUUCUCACUUUUCACUGAUUGUGCGUCCUGGAUAUACUUUGUCGAAUUACUUGCCUCAUUCAAACAGGAUCUCUUCAUGCAUGCGCACCCACGCUGAGGCGUUUCAUAAAAACGUUUGGACAUCAUAUUUAUAAAUAUUAAUAGCCUUCCCGAAAAUAAACGACAAAUUAUAAACUUAUUUCGACACAAAAAAAUCUGCACCGAAUUUCCGCUUCUGACGCUCGAUAAACAGCGCGUACAUAUGAAGACUUACUUAAUCAUUUUUGGAACGAUGCCGUCAACUUUUUCGUGGAUUCACAGAUUUAUUUUAAUUGGUUUUUUGAAAUGAUGUCAUCAGCUAUCUGGGGCGGAUGAGCGAAUAAAUUUUAAUCUUCCGUAAUCUUGAGUCAAUGUUUGUGUCCUAUUAAAAUUUUGCCACGGAAACUUUAAAAAUAUGUGUAAAAUCGAACGUUAUAUUUUUUGCACAAUGCAAAUGUUCUUCAGAGUGACCUUAUUAGAAUAUUUCUGUUAUCUAUGGCACAGGAAGGAAAACCAUAUUCGUCCAGGAUACAACAUAUAUAAAUA